AGGAAUGGAGAGGACCCCCGAGUGGUCCAGGGGAUACAGAUCCGGGCCACAAGGCCACGGGAGAAACAGCACGCGCUGAGGACCAGGGCGGAGGUGGCUGGAGCUGAGCGGUAGGCAGAAGGAGCCAGGCCUUUCUGGCAUCCAGUCCUGAUGACCUCGGGGAGAUGACUGCGCCCAGCCAGGCCCCUGGGCUUACUUAACCUCCAGCCUGGGGACGCAGGUCUCUGGCGGCUAUGGGAGGACGCCUAGCCUUCCCCGCACUCGUGUCCCUCCCUCCUCCUCCACCUGUUCUCCGCCGGUCCUUGACCUUGGAGACCAGUGUGAAGGACUCCAUGCGGGCCGGCGCUCCGCGGAGAGCUGGGCUGGCUCUUGGGCCGAAGACUCUGCUCUUACCUGGAAGUCUGUGCCAGGGGGGGACAGGGCCAAGUGGGAAUGCAGCUGGUCAGGUCCCGGCAAGAAGUCACCAGCCUGGCCUUCCCAUACUUCCGAGGUGUCCUCCAGCGGCUUGUGCCUCAAGGACUGUUCUGGAAGGAUGACAUCCCUCAAAAAGUGAAGACCCAGAAGAUGGAGUACAUGCCCAGGCUCCAUGCCUCAGAGACCUGCCUGAGAGAGGGGUAGACAGCCUUUUCCACCAAAACCACCACGCCAAGGUGUGUGAGACCUGCGGUCUGUCCACACUGCGUGUGACCGAUAGACAGAAGGACUGGGAAGGGAAGGAGUGUCAGGGCUGUAGGUAGGAGGCGUCAGACGUCCAGUGAAUAAAAUGGAGAGAGCGCCUGUCUGAUUUCCGCCUGACGCAAUCCCAUGAUCCUAGUGUGGUCUGCAAAGGGAGGGGGUUGGGUCACAUGGCCACUGCUUGGUAUUCCCUGACUUAGUCUUUGUCUUCUAGGGGCAAGUGCAAAGAGAAAUUCUGACUGUUGUUCCCUAAGGUGAGGGGCCCUCAGGAAUUUAGAAAUUCUUCAUUUGGGUCCCAUCUCUUUUCCUCUGGGCCUUUUCACCAUUUCCUCUUCACCUUUGACUCCUGCCUUCCUUCCCCUCAGAGCCCAGUGAUCAAGGUGAACAAGGAACAAUGCUUGGACUAGGAAAUGGUUUCAGAGUUCCAGACCCAAGAGAUGAGCACUGCAGGUGAGGGCCUGGCCUUGUCUAGGAAGGCUGAGCCUACCAAGGGCCUGUGUAUAGAGGGAGGCAGGGUAAAGGAGGGAAUAGACGUUGGUUGAUAAGGGAUGACAAGACUUCACUGAGGCUGAUGGAGAACCUUCUGGAAGAGAGGGCCUGGAGGAUGGAAGAGAACAGAGCUUUCUGUACAGAGCCAGCCCAAUCCUGGUUCUGACGCUGCCCAGCUAUGACCUUGGACACCUUCCCUAGGCUCUUCAUGUCCCUUCUUCCACAUCUGUAAAAUGGGAAUGGUAAUAAAGGCGACCCCUUGGUGGUGCUGUGUGGAUUAAAGACAAUAUACGAAAAACGCCAGUGGUUGCUGGAUUGAGGGGAAAUCCUCCCUUUCCCCACCAGAGGGCAUCCCCACUUUCUCACAGAACUUUCCAGAUUUCCCCCAGCUGCGGGGUGCAGGGACUGAGGGGCCUCCAGUGGCUUCUUAAGAAAGACCCAGCACAGGCACAGAGCUUAAAGGGCCCACAGAAAUCUACUUUGGAGGUUUUACAACCUAAAAAAUAAUAUGGGCUCUCUGUCUUUCUAAGAAAAUUUUGAGUAUGACAUGACCCUAAGCUUCACCUUGCCCAUCCAUCCAUCCAACCAUCCAUCCCUAUGUAUCUAUGUAAAUUUCUCUUUCCCUAUACACACACAUACAUACAUAUAUACAGAUACCUCUAUAUAUAAAUCUAAAGCGACGACCAUCACACCUACCUACUUAUAGACCCCAGGGAAAUUAAGGGAAAUUAAGAGACACUCCUCUGAUAAUACAGGCUUCACCAUGUUGCCAGUGCAUGUCCUAACCCCUGCAUCUGUGCGUCUAAGGACACAGCUAAGCAUAAUGUUCAAUUCAUCGUCUGCGACGAUCCUUAAAUGGGACAGUACUCAGAACCCCUCACAUCCAGCCUCCCCUUUGCUCUUCUCUGUGGUGUGAAAGAAGUCACCUGGGGAAAAAGCUCUCAGGCAUCCCUUUGGAUACUUGAGCUCUUGGGAGCCCAGGAAGAAAACUACUCACCUCUUGGUUAUCAUCCAUCUUUCCAGCUGAGAACCUGAGUGGGCAGGCCUGGAGCAGGGCCAGACCUGGUCUCCUGACACCACCUUCCCCACCCCAGCCCCACCCUUUGUCUUCAGGGCCCCCGGUAGAGGGUGGGCUGCUUCGCACAUCCGCACAUCCGACUUCUCCACAUUAAUGAAAGCCUGAGGAGGUGACAUUUGGACUUUGACCUAAGGGACACAAGGAAGCAGCCCCAGGAAGUCUGAACAGACAGUAGGCUUGGUACUUUCCCAAUUGCUCCUAUUUCUGAGGAUCAAAGGAGUUAAGUGGCUUGAGAAAUAUUAAGCUUGAGGCAUGGGAUGCCCAGGGUUUAGCGGGAUUGAGCAGUGGUGGCCAGUCCCCUUCUCCCAGCAGCAAAGUGAUCACAGGUAUCAGAAUGUUAAACGUGCAAAUCUUGUAGUCACAGAAUUCUCUGUGUAGGUUCUUGGGCUUGAGAUUGGCAUGACUGCUCUGUAGGGGAUCCUAAUGCUCAGAGGGUACCAUAUACCUCAAAGGCAGAGCAAGGUUCCAGGCCUGCCAAACCCUAGGUCUGGAAGGAUGUAGAUGGAAGAGAGACCAAGAAGACACUGCGGGUGGGGAUGGCUGCCCGUCCAGCUGUGAUUCCAUCUUGCCUUUCAUCUGCCUUAGAAAUGAUCUGUGAGGGGAGGAGUGGUCAGAAUCCAGGCAUUGGGAGCAACCAGGGCUCUGCUCUCCGAAUCCCACAUCCCAACCUUCCCCCUGUUCUGAUCUCACCUCUCUCACCUCGGAGGCUCCAGUCUGUUCCAAACCCUACCUGUCCUGGCUCCAGACAAGUCUAUAGAGUUUGCUUGAAAAUAGGCUUUAAUGAUCCAAAUUUGGGUCAGACCAAAGU